UUGAUCAAUUAAAUAAGGAUUAAAAAAUUCGAAUUAUUAAAAUGUCAUCUAACAAUCAAUCAGAAAUAGCUCCCCCAUUAAUUACAUCAGAUCAGGUGGAUGGUACUUUGAAAGAAAAUGAUGUAAAAACAAUUCGUGGCACAUUAAUUAGUCAGGUUGAAGCAAAUCGACAAAAAAGUAAACGACUAAAACAAUUAGUUGAAGAACGUCGGGCAACUGUGGAUGGAAGGCAUUUAUACAUAAUUCAAACGUUGGCCCAAGCUAUACGACUUGAAGUUCAAUUAAUCACUGAUACUCUAUUAAUGGACGAUAAAUGGUCCGAAUUCGAUGAAUUCUUUCAAGCUAAAGGAAGUAAACGAUUAUUAUUCUAUUAUCAAGAAGCUUUUGGACAAACAAGAAAAAGAAUAUUUAUUGCUACUGGGACUCAUGAAGUACUACGUGGUACAUGUUUUAUCUUUCUACGAAUUACUGACAAGGCUAUUACAACAGCAAAUAUUGGUACAGAAGUUUCAUUUCAACAAUUAGAUGCAACAGAAGGACGUUUAUUUGAAUCUGUACAAAAUUACUUGGAAAAACUCGCAUUACCAGUGUUCGAAGGAUUAGGUGAAUCCGAUACAAUUGAAAAAUCACUAUCAGAAACAAUAAAUAUGGAAGAAUUUGUUGCGGUACUCAGACGAUAUUUAGACGCACUUUCAAGUGCUAGAGAGAAUAUGAGUGAUAAAUUGGACUUGACGGCCGGACAAGAAUCAGAAACGGCUAUACAAAUAAUCAAUACGAGUGAAAUUGAAAAUAUUAUUGAUAGUUCUGAAACAAUGGAUCGUUUAAUUCGCUUAGUUGAGAAAUGGGUUAAUCAAAUUGAACAAAUAUUAAACCAGUCUGAUCAAGUUCGUAGAGAAUCGGAUGACGUUGGACCUUCGGCUGAACUGACCUAUUGGCGAGCUCGUUUAGUUCGUUUCACUAACUUAAUUGAAGAAAUGCGUAAUCCAAGUAUUCAAGCAAUUAUUUCUACUUUGCACUAUGCAAAAGCACGUGUAAUCAAACAGUGGCGUCAACUGGAUGAUCGCAUCAUUAAUGGAGUUAAUGAAGCAAAAGAUAAUCUUAAGUAUCUGUUUACACUGGAUAACUUUUUCGGUUCAUUUUCCAAUACAAAUCCAUCUAAAAUACGUCAACAAUUACCAGUUCUACUUAAUGCUAUUCGUAUGAUUUACAGUAUCUCUGAAUAUUAUAAUAAUUCAGAAAGAAUGACUUCAUUAUUUAUUAAAAUAACAAAUCAAAUGGUUGUUGCAUGUAGAAAGUAUGUAACAGAUGGUGUUAGUCGAAUAUGGGAUUUACCACGAAAUAUUUUACUUGAUCGAAUCAAUGAAUGUAUUCAACUGAAUGUUGAAUAUCAAGAGAAUUUCCGUAAAGUUCGACACAGACUUCAAGAAAAUCCAUCCGGUAGACAAUUCGAUUUCAGUGAAAAUUAUAUAUUUGGCAAAUUUGAUGUGUACACAUCAAGAUUAAAGAAAAUUUUAAUAAUUCUAGAAAAUAUAGAUAAUUUCAAUGUAUUAUUGGAUUUUAAAGCUGAAGGAAUUGAUCCAAUUGUUGUACGAUAUAAAACAUUUUAUGAUAAUUUACAUAAAAGAAAUUUCGAUGGAGCUGAUCAAAUUAAACGUGAUUUUGAUAGAGACUUGGAUGAGUACAAAAGUCAAUUCGACACAAUAGCACAACAACUUCGCGAUUUCCUUGAUGCAUGGUUUAAACAACCUGCGCCUGUUGAACGUCAGUUAAGAAUUUUAGAAAAAUUUGAACAAAUUAAAUGUUGUCAAUUAGAUUUAUCAGCUAAAUAUGAAUUGGUUAUAAAGAAUUAUGCUAAUGAAUUAGAAAUGGUUCGUCAAUUAUAUGAAAAACAAAAAAAUGAUCCACCAAUAGCUAGAAAUAUGACAUCGAUAGCUGGUAAAAUGUUUUGGGCACGUCAUUUAUACAAACAAAUUGAAAUACCAAUGGAACGAUUUAAAGAAAAAUGUCCAGAUGUAUUAUGGGGACAUGAAGGUCAAAAAUGUGUGAAGAAUUUUAAUCGUAUUGCAGAGGCUCUAGUUCAAUUUGAAUUAAUCUAUUACCAUCAUUGGUGUCAAACUAUUGAAAAUGUACAUUCUAGUUUAUCAUCAUCAUUAAUUGUACGUGAUCCUGAUACAGAACGUUAUUAUGUAAACUUCGAUUUGGCAAUAUUAGAACUAGUUCAUGAAGCUCGUUAUAUUUCAAGUUUAGGUUUCAACAUACCAUCAGUAGCUAGUCGUUUAUUAAUUCAAGAAAUCAUGCUUAAACAAAGACAUAAUAUCUUAGAAGAACUAUUAAAUGCCAUUGAAGAAACUUGGGCAUCCGUUCCAAAUGUACUGUUACCUUUAUUUCAACCAUUCCGUGAUAAAUUAUGUCAAGCUCUAAACGCCGGUAUCUAUCAACUCAACUGGAAUUCUACUAAUAUAGAUGAUUUUGUCAAAAAAGUUUCUAAUGAGCUUGAGAGUUUAAAACUUUUGAUAAAACGUACUAGUGAUAUAUUAAACUGUCGUGUUGAAGAUGUUUUUGAAGAAAUGGCUGAAACAAAUUUAUGUGAUUUACCAGAUGAUGAUCAAGUUACAUUAGAUCAAUUUAUUCAAAUAACUGAAACAACUGUGGCAAAUGCUGCUGAAAAUCUAUCCAUUAAAAGUCAUCUUAUAGAAAUGGCAGUUAAUGAAAUGUUGGAUUUAAUUAAAACAGAUCUAGAUGAGAAUCAGUUAAAAAAUUUAAGUUCAGAACAAGGUUAUGAGUGUAUAUCACAGGACAGACGUAGAGGAAGAUGUCUUGAAUGUAAACCAUGUAUAUAUUUUACAUUUUUAAAUCAAUUCACUCAACGUAAUACAGAAGCAUUAGUAAAAUGCACUCGAAAUACAUUAGAUUCGUUAAAAUUACGAAUUCAACCGAUGACAUUAAAGUUUCACCAGGAGCAUGCAACUGGGAAAGAAGAGCGAAAAACACCAUUGUUUAAAGUCAAUCUCAUUUUAUCCAUACCAAAUGUUGUAAUGCAGCCGUCGCUGGAUGAAUUACAAACUGGUUUGCAUAAAUCAAUGUCAAUUAUAUUAAAAAUGACACAAAAUGUUCAACCAUGGCAACAUAUGAUACUUACACAGAAACAACAACAAAAGGAACUUGACCAGUUAGCUGAACUGCAAGGAGAAGAAGCUAAACUGUCUUCUUCACCGAUAAAACCAUUACAUCGUAUUAUCGCCGAACAUAAAGAUGUAGUUAAAAUUUCAAUUCAGUUAAAUACGAUAUUUAAUGCAUUUAAAGAAGAAAUCCAAAAAGUCUCCAAUGCAUACAAUGAAUUCUCAGAUUUGUGGACGACAGAUCCUCAAACUGUUGUUUCAGAGUUCAUGAAGACUGAACCAAUUUUAUCAGAAAUUAAUGGACAAAUGAAUUACUACUCUAAAAUGGAAAAGUUAAUUGAAUUAAUUCCAUCAUCAACUCAAGUUGGUUCACUAGUCUUUAAAAGUAAUGACUUAAAAGAUAAUUUAAUUCGAGAAUGUCAAAAUUGGCGUCGUGUCUACGGUCAAGCAUUGAAUCAACGUUGUGCAACAGAAAUGAAUAAAAUUCUUGAACAAUUUGAUAAUCUUUCGAAACGUCUUAGUCGACCAAUAAAAGAUUUGGAUGAUGUUCGAGAACAAAUGGCUGCUUUAUCUGAUUUAAGAGCAUCAGAAAUUCAAUUCGAUAUGACUAUAGGACCUAUUGAAGAAUCAUAUGCUUUAUUAAAUCGUUAUGAAUUAUAUUUUAAUGAUGGUAAUGCAGAACGUGUAGAUGCAUUAUCUUAUGGUUUCUCUAAACUAAAAAUACAGAGUCAACAAGUACAAGAUCAUCUUUUGGAAAUUCAACCAACGUUUAAAAAUGAAUUAAUUAAUGGAGUGGAAAUAUACAAACAAGAUCUGAAUGUAUUUACCAGUGAAUAUGAUACCGCUGGACCAAUGGAACCUGGUAUCAUCCCACGUGAAGCGUCAGAUCGUUUAAGUUUAUAUCAAGCACGUUUUGAUGAUUUAUGGCGUAAAUAUCAAACUUAUUCAGGUGGUGAAGAAUUAUUCGGCAUACCGAUAACAGAUUAUCCUGAUUUACAAAGAAUACGCAAAGAAUUGAAUUUAUUACAGAAAUUAUAUCAGUUAUAUGAUUCUGUACUGGAUACUGUCAGUGGUUAUUACGAUAUACAAUGGACUGAUGUCGAUAUUGAUUUAAUCAAUCAACAAUUGCUAGACUUCCAAAAUAGAUGUCGAAAAUUACCAAAAGCACUUAAAGAAUGGCAAGCAUAUACAGAGCUUAGCAAAACAAUAGAUGAUUUUAAUGAAACAUGUCCAUUACUUGAAAUGAUGACGAAUAAAGCUAUGGCUACUAGACAUUGGGAAAGAAUAGAAGAAUUAACAAAACAUAAAUUUGAUGUAGAAUCAGACAACUUUCUAUUGCGUAAUAUUAUGGAAGCACCAUUACUAAAAUAUAAAGAAGAUAUUGAAGAUAUCUGUAUUUCAGCAGUCAAGGAAAAAGAUAUUGAGGCUAAGCUUAAAACUGUUAUGAAUGAUUGGUCAAGUCAGAAUUUUCAAUUCAGCCUCUUCAAAACACGUGGUGAAUUAUUACUCAAAGGUGAUAGUAUCAAUGAAGUUGUUACUCUUAUGGAAGAUUCCCUAAUGUUAUUAGGAUCAUUACUAUCAAAUCGAUAUAAUGCACCAUUUAAACCUAAAAUACAAGAAUGGGUACAAAAAUUGACUACAACUAGUGAAAUUAUUGACAACUGGCUGCAAGUACAAAAUUUAUGGAUAUAUUUAGAAGCUGUAUUUGUUGGUGGCGAUAUAGCUAAACAAUUACCUCAAGAAGCUAAACGUUUUGGAAAUAUCGACAAAAGUUGGCAACGUAUUAUUCAAAGAGCUCAUGAAAUACCAAAUGUAGUUAACUGUUGUACCGGGGAUGAUACAUUAAGUCAACUGUUACCACAUUUAUUAGAACAAUUGGAAUUAUGCCAGAAAUCACUGACGGGUUAUUUAGAAAAGAAACGUCUGAUAUUUCCAAGAUUCUUUUUUGUUUCUGAUCCAGCUCUGUUGGAAAUACUUGGCCAAGCAUCUGAUUCACAUACAAUUCAAGCACAUUUAUUAAAUGUAUUUGAUAAUACUAAAAGUGUUACAUUCGAUGAUAAAGUUUAUGAUAAAAUAUUGGCAGUAAACUCACAAGAAGGUGAAACUAUUCAAUUAGUGAAUCAAGUAAUGGCACAAGGUAAUGUUGAAGUAUGGCUUGGUGAAUUAUUACAAACAUCAAGAAAUUCACUUCAUUCAGUUAUUCGAUCAGCAUAUUUUGCGAUAAAUGAUCAACAAUUUAACUUAUUAGAAUUUGAAAAUUCAUAUCCAGCACAAGUUGGUCUACUUGGUAUACAAAUGUUAUGGACAAGAGAUGCACAAGAAGCAUUAAGACAAGCCAAAAAUGAUCGAAAAAUUAUGAAUACAACAAAUUAUUUCUUUUUAGAAAUAUUAAAUGAACUUAUUGGUGUUACAACACAAGAAUUAUCUAAAAUUGAUCGAACAAAAUAUGAAACAUUAAUUACAAUACAUGUACAUCAAAGAGAUAUUUUCAAUGAUCUCGUUACAAUGCGUGUCAAAUCCCCUAAAGAUUUUGAAUGGUUAAAACAGUCAAGAUUUUAUUUUAAUGAAGAAAAUGAUCAAUGCAUCGUUAGCAUUACUGAUGUAGAUUUUAUUUAUCAAAAUGAAUUUCUAGGUUGUACAGAUCGAUUGGUUAUUACCCCAUUAACUGACAGGUGUUACAUUACUUUAGCUCAAGCACUUGGUAUGUCACUUGGUGGUGCACCAGCUGGACCGGCAGGUACUGGGAAAACAGAAACAACCAAAGAUAUGGGUCGCUGCCUUGGUAAAUAUGUAGUUGUAUUCAAUUGUUCCGAUCAAAUGGAUUACCGUGGUUUGGGUCGAAUUUAUAAAGGAUUAGCACAAUCUGGUUCGUGGGGUUGUUUUGAUGAAUUCAAUCGAAUUGAAUUACCUGUACUGUCUGUGGCAGCGCAACAAAUUGCUAUUGUACUAACAUGUAAAAAAGAAAGAAAACCACAAUUUAUAUUCACUGAUGGUGAUACAGUUGAUAUGGACCCCGAAUUCGGCAUAUUUUUGACUAUGAAUCCUGGUUAUGCUGGUCGACAAGAAUUACCGGAAAAUUUAAAGAUCAAUUUUCGUACAGUUGCUAUGAUGGUACCAGAUCGAGCAAUUAUUAUGCGUGUUAAAUUAGCUGCUUGUGGAUUUUUGAACAAUGUUGAUUUAUCUAAGAAAUUCUAUACACUUUACAAACUAUGUGAAGAACAAUUAUCGAAACAAGUUCAUUAUGAUUUCGGUUUAAGAAAUAUUUUAUCAGUUCUACGUACACUCGGUGCAUUUAAACGUGCUAAUCCACAAGAUUCGGAAACAAUGAUAGUUAUGCGUGUAUUACGUGAUAUGAAUUUAAGUAAAUUAGUAGAUGAAGAUGAACCAUUAUUUAUGUCAUUAAUUAUGGAUUUAUUUCCUGGAAUGCAGUUGGAUAAGAAAGGCUAUCCAGAAGUUGAAGCUUCUUUAGAAAAACAAAUUGAUCAACUUGGUCUUAUUUAUCAUCCACCUUGGGUAUUAAAAUGUAUACAACUUUAUGAAACAUUACGGGUUAGACAUGGUGUUAUGACACUUGGACCAUCAGGUGCUGGUAAAACUAAGUGUAUCAAUUCUUUAAUGAAAGCAAUGACUGAAAUCGGUGAUCCACAUAGAGAAAUGCGUAUGAAUCCAAAGGCUAUUACAGCACCACAAAUGUUUGGUAGAUUAGAUGUAGCUACAAAUGAUUGGACUGAUGGUAUUUUUUCCACUUUAUGGAGACGUACACAUAAAGUUAAAAAAGGUGAACAUAUCUGGUUGAUAUUAGAUGGACCAGUAGAUGCUAUUUGGAUUGAAAAUUUAAAUUCUGUAUUAGAUGAUAAUAAAACAUUAACAUUAGCUAAUGGUGAUCGAAUACCGAUGGCACCAACAGCAAAAAUUUUGUUUGAAGUACAUAAUAUAGAUAAUGCAUCACCGGCUACAGUAUCAAGAAAUGGAAUGAUUUUUAUGUCAAGUUCUAUAAUGACAUGGGAACCUAUACUAAAAGGAUGGCUUCGAACUCGUUCACCAAAUGUAACUGAAUUAAUAUUUAAUAGUUUCAAAGGAUUCUUCGAAGAUGCUUAUCGUUAUGUUACUCAGAAUUUGGAACCAAAAAUGGAAAUUUUACAAUGUAAUUACAUUCGGCAAGCAAUUAAUCUACUUGAAGGCUUACUUCAAGGAUUAGAUGAGAAAGAAAUUAAACAACUUCAUAUGGAAAGAUUAAUUACAUUUGCAGCAAUGUGGUCAUUAGGCGCUUUAUUAGAAUUAACUGAUCGUUUAAAAUUACAACAAUUUUUAAUGGGAAACGGAAAAUUACCACUGCCAAAAUGUGGGGUAGAUGAUACAAUAUUUGAAUAUAUGGUUAACGAACAAGGUGACUGGGCUCAUUGGGAGAGUAAGGUACCAUUGUAUGUAUAUCCACAUGAUCAAACACCUGAAUAUACUGGAAUUCUUGUACCAAAUGUUGAUAAUACAAGAACAGAUUUCUUACUUGAUUUAAUUGCAAAACAAUGUAAACCAGUCAUGUUGAUAGGCGAACAGGGUACAGCAAAGACGGUUAUUAUCAAAGGUUACUGCGGUAAAUACAAUCCAGAAGUGCAUGUAUUUAAAUCAGUCAACUUUUCAAGUGCCACUUCACCAAAUAUGUUUCAACGUACCAUUGAAAGUUAUGUUGACAAACGUAUGGGUAGUACAUUUGGACCACCAGCUGGAAAGAAAAUGACAAUAUUCAUUGAUGAUAUCAAUAUGCCAAUUAUUAAUGAAUGGGGUGAUCAAAUAACUAAUGAAAUUACUAGGCAACUAAUAGAAAUGUCCGGUUUCUAUAGUUUAGAUAAACCUGGUGAUUUUACAACAAUAAUUGAUAUUCAGUUUGUUGCUGCUAUGAUUCAUCCUGGUGGAGGUCGUAAUGAUAUACCUCAAAGACUUAAACGUCAAUUCAAUAUAUUCAAUUGUACUCUACCUAGUAAUGCUUCAAUGGAUAAAGUUUUUGGUUCAUUAGGAUUAGGGCAUUUUUGUAGUGAACGAGGUUUUUCAUCAGAUGUGAUUAAAACAGUUCAAUGUUUAGUUCCAGCGACUAGAAAACUUUGGCAACGUGUUAAAGCGAAAAUGUUACCAACUCCAGCUAAAUUUCAUUAUGUAUUUAAUUUACGUGAUGUUAGUCGUAUAUGGCAAGGAAUGUUACGCACAACGUCAGAUGUUAUCACUAAUCCAUCUAUUUUAUUAGCUUUAUGGCAGCAUGAAUGCACUCGAGUCACUGCUGAUCGUUUCACUGAACAUAGUGAUCGUGAAUGGUUUGACAAAACAUUAAAACAAGUCGGAAUUGAAGAAUGUGGUGCCUUAGCAAACCAAACUGAUUGGGCAGAUCCGUACUUUGUUGAUUUCUUAAGGGAUGCUGCAGAAGCAACUGGUGAAGAGACAGAUGAUGCAGAUUUUGAAGCACCGAAAAUAUACGAACCAAUCAUAAGUCUAGAACAAUUGAGUAAUCGUUUACAAAUGUUGAUGCAAAUGUACAAUGAAGCAAUACGUGGCAGUAAAUUAGAUUUGGUAUUUUUCAAGGAUGCUAUGAUACAUCUUGUAAAAAUUUCACGUGUAAUCAGAACACCUAAAGGUCAUGCAUUGUUGGUUGGAGUUGGUGGUUCAGGCAAACAAUCGCUUACACGUUUAGCUUCAUUUAUAGCAGGUUAUAAAACUUUUCAGAUAACAUUAAGCCGAUCAUAUAAUGUCUCUAAUCUUAUUGAGGAUUUGAAAUAUCUUUAUCGGACAGCCGGCCACCAAGGACAAGGGAUAACAUUCUUAUUUACUGAUAAUGAAAUCAAAGAUGAGUCAUUCUUGGAAUAUUUAAAUAAUAUGCUUAGUUCUGGUGAAAUCGCCAACUUAUUUGCUCGGGAUGAAAUGGAUGAAAUUCUACAAGAACUAGUUGGCCCUAUGAAACGUGAAUUUCCACGUCGACCUAUUACUAAUGAAACAUUAGCUGAAUAUUAUUCAAGUAGGAUAACACAAAAUCUACAUGUUGUAUUAUGCUUUUCACCAGUUGGACAAAAGUUUCGUAAUAGAAGUUUGAAGUUUCCUGGUCUUAUUUCUGGUUGCACAAUGGAUUGGUUUCAAAGAUGGCCUAAAGACGCGUUGAUUGCUGUAUCGAAUCAUUUCUUAUCUACUUUUGACAUAGUCUGUACACCGAAUGUGAAAAAAGCUGUAGUACAGACAAUGGGUGUGUUUCAAGAUUUGGUAGCUGAAUCAUGUACUGAUUAUUUUCAACGUUUUCGUCGUCAAACUCAUGUUACACCCAAAUCAUAUCUAUCAUUUAUUAAUGGUUACAUGGAAAUAUAUAAAAUGAAACAUAAUGAAAUUGGUCAAUUAGCUGAACGUAUGAACACUGGUUUAAAAAAAUUAGUUGAAGCAACUGAAUCAGUAAAUGAAUUAAGUAAAGAAUUAAUUGAAAAAGAAAAAGAACUUGCUAUUGCUAAUAAAAAAUCAGAAGAAGUUCUAACACAAGUAACUGUUCAAGCGACAGCAGCACAAAAAGUUAAAACUCAAGUACAAAUAGUAAAAGAUAAAGCACAAGUACUUGUUGAUGGAAUUAGUGUAGAUAAAGCAUCUGCUGAAAUGAAAUUAGAAGCAGCUAAACCAGCUUUAAUGGAAGCUGAAGCUGCAUUAGAAACAAUUAAACCAACACAUAUUUCUACAGUGAGAAAACUUGGUAGACCACCACAUUUGAUUAUGCGUAUUAUGGAUUGUGUCUUAUUGUUAUUUCAAAAGAGAUUGGAUACUGUCACACCGGAUCCCGAACGUCCUUGUCCUAAACCCAGUUGGAAUGAAGCAUUAAAACUUAUGGGUGGUGCAAACUUUUUAAAUGGAUUAUUGAAUUUUCCUAAGGACACAAUCAAUGAAGAAACAGUGGAAUUAAUGUUACCUUAUUUCGAAAUGGAUGAUUUCAAUAUGGAACAAGCUAAACGUGUUUGUGGUGAUGUUGCUGGUUUAUGUUCAUGGACGAAAGCUAUGGCUUCAUUUUUUGCUGUUAAUAAAGAAGUUUUACCACUUAAGUCAAUGUUAGCACUACAGGAAAAGAGACUGGAAGGAGCUUUGUCUGAAUUGGCGGUUGCUCAGGGUCAACUAGAUGAGAAGCAAAGGGAAUUAGAUCUGGUCCAAGCGGAAUAUGAUCGUGCAAUGGCUGACAAACAGAAACUCUUAGAUGAGGCUGACGGAUGUAGAAGAAAAAUGAGUAAUGCUACAGCAUUGAUAGAAGGUCUUGCGGGUGAACGUAUUAGAUGGACAGAAGCAAGUCAAACAUUUGAAGAGCAAAUUAAUCGGCUAGUCGGAGAUGUACUUUUAGCAACUGGAUUUCUUUCAUAUACUGGACCAUUUAAUCAAGACUUUCGUAAUUUACUAAAUCAGAAUUGGCGUCGAGAAUUAGUACAAAAUAAAAUACCAUUUUCUGAUGACAUUAAUUACAUCACAAUGUUGGUGGAUAAUGCGACAUUAAGCGAAUGGAGUGUUCAAGGCUUACCUAAUGAUGAAUUAUCAAUUCAAAAUGGGUUGAUUGUAACACGUGCUAAACGUUACCCAUUGUUAAUUGAUCCUCAAGGUCAAGGCAAAGCAUGGCUAAGACGUAAAGAAGCUGAAAGUGAAUUGCAGAUAACAUCAUUGAAUCACAAAUAUUUUCGAACACACUUGGAAGAUUCACUAUCACUUGGACGUCCAUUACUCAUAGAAGAUGUUGGUGAAGAUCUUGAUCCUGCUUUAGAUAACGUUUUAGAAAAGAAUUUCAUUAAAUCUGGUUCAACAUAUAAAGUGAAAAUUGGUGAUAAAGAAUGUGAUAUAAUGAGUGGAUUUCGUCUAUAUAUUACAACAAAAUUACCAAACCCAUCAUAUACACCAGAAAUUUAUGCUAAAACAUCAAUCAUUGAUUUCACUGUUACAAUACGUGGCCUUGAAGACCAACUUCUUGGUUUGGUAAUAUUAACAGAGAAAAAAGAACUAGAGACGGAAAGAACUAAACUCCUUGAAGAUGUGGCGACAAAUCGUCGUAAAAUGAAAGAAUUAGAAGAUAAUCUGUUAUAUCGUUUAACAACCACUGAAGGUAGUUUAGUUGAAGAUGAAUCAUUAAUUGAAAUGCUGAAUGUAACUAAAAUGACAUCGAAUGAAGUGAGAGAAAAGUUAAACGUAGCAGUUGAUACCGAAGUAAAAAUUAAUGCAGCACGUGAAGAAUAUCGUCCUGUAGCGUCACGUGGUUCAUUAUUAUACUUUUUAAUUGUUGAAAUGAGUAUGGUUAAUGUAAUGUACCAAACAUCAUUACGUCAAUUUCUUGGUUUAUUCGAUAUAUCCAUGGCUAGAUCACAGAAAUCACCACAAAUGCAAAAACGUAUAGCAAAUAUCAUUGAUUAUUUAACAUUUGAAGUGUACCGUUAUACAGCAAGAGGAUUUUAUGAAGUAGACAAGUUUACAUUCACUGUAUUGUUAACCUUAAAAAUUGCGAUGCACAUGAAAGAGGUGAAACCUGAAGAAUUUCAAAUUUUCAUUAAAGGUGGUGCGGCAUUAGAUUUGAAUGCUGUUGCACCGAAACCCAAAAAAUGGAUACAAGAUAUAACAUGGUUAAAUUUAAUUGAAUUAAGUAAAUUAAAUCAAUUCAAUCAGUUGCCAGAUCAAGUAACUUCAAGUGAUCGAUUAUGGAAAAAUUGGUUUGAUACAGAAGCUCCAGAAGAUUCUGUAAUUCCAGACGGUUAUGACAAAUUGGGUACAUUUCAUCGUUUAUUAUUGAUAAGAGCUUGGUGUCCAGAUAGAUGCAUUCCAAUGGCUAAACGAUAUAUCGCUGAACGUAUGGGUUUAGCGUAUGCAGAUGGUAUUAUUACAAAUUUGGAAGAAAUGAUUGAAGAAUCCGAUACAUCGACUCCGAUGAUUUGUUUCUUAUCAAUGGGAUCAGAUCCAACAGAUAAUAUUGAAAGAUUAGCAAAGAAGAUGAAUUUAAGAUGUGGUGCGAUUUCAAUGGGACAAGGUCAAGAAGUUCACGCUCGACGUUUACUAAGCAUUAGUAUGCAAGAAGGUAGAUGGGUACUGUUGCAAAAUUGCCAUCUAGGAUUAACAUUUAUGGAUGAACUUACUGAAAUUGUAACAACUUCUAAAGGUGUACAUGAAUCAUUUCGCUGUUGGCUAACUACAGAAGCUCACCCACAAUUUCCAAUAAAUCUAUUGCAAUCUGGUAUUAAAUUCACUUAUGAUCCACCUAUGGGUAUACGUGCUGGUCUACGUAGAACAUAUGCUUUAUUAACACAAGAUCAAUUAGACAUUAGUAAUUUGCCACAGUGGAAACCUUUAUUAUAUUGUGUAGCAUUUUUGCAUACUACAGUGCAAGAACGUAGAAAAUUUGGACCAAUCGGUUGGAAUAUACCGUAUGAAUUUAAUCAAUCUGAUUUUACAUCAACAGUCCAAUUUAUCCAAAAUCAUUUAGAUGAAAUCGAUCCAAAAAAAGGAAUUUCAUGGCCUACUGUUCGUUAUAUGAUUGGCGAAGUGCAAUAUGGUGGUCGCGUUACAGAUGAUUAUGAUAAGCGUUUGCUUAAUACUUAUGCCAAAGUGUGGUUUUCAGAAAAUAUAUUCAGUGAUACCUUUGAGUUUUAUCGAGGUUACAAUGUACCCAAAUGUAGAACACUAGAUGAAUAUCAGACUAACAUUGACAAUUUACCAUUGGUUGAUUCACCUGAAUGCUUUGGUUUACACUCGAAUGCAGAUAUUACCUACUCUACAAAUACAGUCAGUUCGAUGUUAUCAACUAUUGUUAAUAUUCAACCAAAAGAUAGCGGAGGAGGUGGAGGUGAAACAAGAGAAUCUGUUGUUUACAAAAUGGCUGAUGAUAUUUUACAGAAAUUACCACCCGAUUUUAAUCCAUUCGAGGUAAAAGAACGAUUAAUUAAAAUGGAUCAUUUAAAACCGCUUCAUAUAUUUUUAAAACAAGAAGUUGAUCGUAUGCAACGUGUUAUAUCCAAUGUUCGUACAACAUUGAGUGAUUUAAAAUUAGCAAUUGAUGGUACAAUUAUAAUGUCAGAAAAUUUACGUGAUGCAUUAGACAACAUAUUUGAUGCGCGUAUUCCAAGUACAUGGAGAAAAAUGUCAUGGGAAUCAGCAACUCUUGGAUUUUGGUUCACGGAUUUACUUGACAGGAAUGCUCAAUUUAGUAAUUGGCUUUUUGAAGGUCGUCCAAUUUGCUAUUGGAUGACAGGAUUUUUUAAUCCCCAAGGCUUCCUCACUGCUAUGAGACAAGAAGUGGCCAGAGCAAAUAAAUAUGCCCUAGAUGAUGUAGCUUUAACAAACGAUGUGACGAAAUUAAUGCGUGAAGAAUUAACUAAAGGUCCAACUGAAGGUGUUUAUAUUCACGGUCUUAGUUUAGAUGGAGCUGGUUGGGAUCGUAAACAAGCUAGACUAAUGGAACCGCUACCAAAACUAUUGUACACUCCACUCCCAGUAGUGCAUGUAUCUGCAUUUUCUCAAUCAAUCGGUGAGAAAAGUAAACCUGGAAUAUUCUAUUCAUGUCCAGUUUACAAAAAGCCUAAACGUACCGAUUUGAAUUACAUAUUUCCUUUAAUGCUUCGUAGUGCAGUAGAUGCAGAUCAUUGGAUUUUAAGGGGAGUUGCUCUUUUAGGUGAUGUUAAAUAA